GCUGGUUUGCCAACCGCCAUCAAAACUCAAAAUAGAAAAAGAAACUUUGGCCUUUCUCGGUGUUUUUCAGUCCAUUAAAGUUAACAGCAACAUUUCGAUGUCAUAAAAUGUCUUGUUCAGCGUUCGGCUGUACGAAAAGAUCCUCUAAGGGGUCGGAUGUUAAUUUCUUCCGAUUUCCUUUAGCUAACAGUGACAGGCUAAAGCAAUGGCUGAUGAACGUGAGGAGAAAGAACUGGACUCCAUCCAAAUCAUCACGUCUAUGCAGUACGCACUUUGAGGAGAGUGAGUUCCUCAUAGACAGAAAGGGCCAGAGGAGGCUGAAGGACAACGCUGUGCCGACCAUUUUCAGCUUUCCACAACAUUUGUUGUUAAAGAAAGAAGCUACCAAGGCCAAACGGAUCAAGUCGGUUAUCCCCCCGGUCCCUUCAUGUUCUGCACCCAUGUAUCUCAGUCAGCCGCACACGACACCUGGACCUGUGGCAUAUUUGCAUUCUGUGCUGGAUAAUAAGGCAGUUACCAACAGUGACAAUGAAGACACUGAUAAUAAAGAUAACAUUUUUAUGAGGGAUGUCCACACUGAUGUUGAUGAUGCUGAUGACAUAACUGAGUGCACCAUAAGCGCAGAGCCUGAAAGAGUCAUGCAUGAUCACGACUACCUCGCCAGAGACGGCAAAGCACAUAAGCAGAUCUCUGUGCGCCCUGAUCACAGCUACAUCAUUUCCGGGUCUCCCUCAACAGUCAGAUGGAAAGAAAAUGCAGCGCAGGAUCAGCUCGAUUCUAAUCCGUCCAUAACACCCGAGCGUAAAGACAGCGCAGUGCAGGUCCAUCUUCUGACUGAGACUCCCAUAACACUCAUUAAAGAAAACGCAUUACGUCAUAAGCUUGUCAUCGUUCGCAAAAAGCUUAAGCUAAAGUGUCAGCAGACAAGAAGAAUGAAAGCAAAACUCUUGUCCUUGAAAGCUCUGACAAAGGUUCUUCAGAAAAAGAUGACUGCGUACGAAAAAGCUAUCGCAGCAUUCCGUAUGGAGGUACGGUGCAAAAAGUGCGAAAAGUCCAGGAGCCGUUAUUUAUUAUGAGCGAGACAGUUUAGAUGCAGCAGGCUCACAGGUUGGAGAUAUAAGCUGUUCUGAAGUCUCCUAACAUUCGCAGUUUCUUGUCUCACUGAGGUCACUAUGAGAGGGACAGAAAGGCAACAGGAAGGAGAAUCUGAACGUAAUUUUGCAGCGCAGUCGCCGUUGUACUUUGCUGCAAUCCACGGUUAUGUUAGAUUUGUUCAGUUCAUUUGUGUGCAGUUAUUGUUGGAAUAAAGAACGCUGGGACACGUGGUUGAACUGUGUGGACUUCACCUGAUGAACGCCUUUCCUUCGUUGCUCGGGAGUUGGAUCUGUCAGGUUCAUUAAUCACCCGCUCAACAUCUGGAAACAUCAACUGACACAGACUGAACUCUGUGAUAAACGCACAGCCAAUAGAAAUGGACACCUCCAUCCAAAUGUUGAUUCGCUCCCUGCACUCACACUUGAUCCUGGUUUUAAACAGGGGUCCCACAGUCAUGGAGGACCUAGAAAAGUCGGAAUUUCACGGUCACAUUUUCCAGGCCUGGAAAAGUCCUGAAGUCACUGAAAAUGUUACGGUAAUCUUGUGUGGACAACCUUCCACGUGAUGUAAGGUGGCGAGAAGUUAGGUCUCUAUAGCUGUCAACGUAAUGUAGCUCUAAUGCGUGUCAGUGUGUAACAGCGUUAUGUUUACGCGUAUGUUUUGUCAGCCUGCCAAAAUUAUGUUUUAAUAGAGACUGAAUCUGAUAUGUGGGGCAAGAAAAAAUCUUUACAAUAGGUCCUUGAAAAGUCCAAAUUUUGUCCAUGAAAAUGUGGGAACUCUGAUUAAAGUCGGCACUGAUGGACUGUGAGGCUUCAGCAAACAGGUUAAAUAUCAAAGGUGGUAAAACUAUGUUGAAACGCCUGCACGCCACCGUCAACUAAAGGGUCGGAGAGUUUUAGGUUAGAUUAAAACUUGAUUACAGCUGUUACAGCAUCAUCUACGAUGUAGAAUUGUUCACAAGAUGGUGCUUUAAAGAUGUGUUGCAUUCUAUUGAAGAGAAUGACCUGGUAUUUGGACUCAUUGAAUUAAUUUAUGUUUUUGUACCUAUUUUGUUUUUAUUCAUUGAAAUCUUGUUUUAUAUUUGUCGAGUUUUGUUUGUUUGUUUGUUUUGAAAAAACAGUCAUUUUUGUAAGUUUUGAU